AGUAACAGCAUGGAAAGGCUUAAUAAAAUAAUAGUAAAAAAGUAUUUUACAAGUAACGAACACAUAAAACCAUCAGAUCUUCUAACAGAUGAAGAAUACCAGAUCGUGAAGAAUUGCCAAUUGAACGAUUUACUCAAGACCGAAACCCACCCUGCAGCGCUAGAUCGGAUUUGCGAAGGGGAAAAACUGCAGACGGCUGAAUUUUAUGAACAGAAAGAGAAAAGAUAUAAACGGGAUGUCGUGAAACUGAGCCGCAAACCUGGGAAGGGUGCUGGACAGCCGCGUACUGUUAGGCAAGUGGUACCUUCUCACGAUACACAAACAGUUACUGUUGAUGAUCUGCCUUCCACCCGCAAUAAUCAACCUUCGGCUCAGCUUAUUGCAACUGAAGGUGUGAUGGAACCAACCAGAUCAAACGAAUCACACGGACCACCGAACGAUCCCUAUCAGUUGCGCGAAGAAAUUGCACCCAUACCGAUCGUAAUGCCAUUAGCAGUACUACCAGAUGAUGAGAACUUUGGUAGUAACGAUGUGGAUGGGGCGCGGGAUUUUUUGCAACUGUGCACCGGCGAGAAGUUGCCACCAAUGUCGAUGAGACAGACGAUGACACGGGACAUGUUGCUUUCACAACUGCCGAGCAUUCCCAUAGUUCCACCGCUUGCGGAUAACUUUCAAGAGCUUGACUUGAAAAGCAUUAAUACGCCCAUGUUUAAGAGACCGUUGGGGACCAGCACACCGCUCGUAACGGGUCAAGUUGCUCAAAUGGGUCUGGAUGGUUCUAAUCUAGAUGCACAAAUUCCACUACCUGCUUUACCGCAAUAUCUUGCAGAAGAAAUAGUUGGCGGGCCAACCGAAAGUCCAACUGAUGCCGUUCCUCUGGACACGGCGGUUGCAUCGAUUCCAGCGACUGUUGCAGCGGUUCCAGCGACUGUUGCAGCGGUUCCAGCGACUGUUGCAGCGGUUUCAACGGAAGUUCAACCAGGACCAUCGCGAGAGAAUUCUGGACCGUCAUGUUCAAGGGUGUCAGCCAGACCAGCAAUAGUAGAAAGUAAUUCCUCUUCAGAGCUGUUAGCAGCACCUGCACCGCGUCGAAGACGUAUCCAGCAAGAGAGCUCGUUUACGGAACGUUUGGAACCGUUCGAAAUGACAGUAUCAUUUCCAAAGCCGAGACGAAAUUUCGAUAUUUUUAGCUUUCCGUAUCAUGCGAUCUGGAACAAAGCGAUACAGGACGUCCAGAAUCAAUUGUCUGAAAGCUACAAGCAGCAUCAAUUGCGCGAACUACUGGUCAUGCGUGAGGUGGCACCAGAAGCGCAGAGAAUUGACUCAGGCUUCCAACAAACGCCUUACGAAUUGACUAGUCGUCCACCUACAAUGAGCGUGACUGAAACAUCGAAUUUAGUUGCGAUCAACCAAAUAGGCGGUAAACAGUCAAACGUGCAAUCGAUUCAGCAAGAUACGUUAAUGACGCCCGAUAUGGUAGCGAGCAUUCAUCCGAAUGAACUGGAGGCAUUGGGUUCAAUUGAUGGAAAGUUGACGGAAGUGUCGGAACGUUUCCACUUGAAACCUAUUACGGAUGGGACGUCCACAGGCCAAGAAAAGACAGCGACUGAACAGCUACAACCUGUAGAAAAUGUUCCAACGGUAUUGAAGGAAUCAUUGAAAGAUAACGUCGUACAACCGGUAGUCGAAACGGACUCACGACCGGAGAAAAAACCUAAACGAGGAAAUCGUAACAUGAAAACGCCAGUUCAUAACGAAAAUGAUCCCAUGCCGGAUGUGAGUUCUGUGCUGUUUAAUCAGGCACAGGAGCUCGAAACAAUAGCGACCAAUGAAGAAGCUGUAGAGGAGAUGUUACCAAUCGAUACAAUGGUCGUCGAUAUAUUGCUCACAGUGCAGGGCGCAAUGAAUAAUGAGGAGCAACUCGGACAUCCGCUUUCAUUGCAACGCUUACGACAGUUAUUGCAGGCAAACUCUUGUUUAAGCGCUGCGAAAUUAUUCAAAAACAUUAUACUACUGAAGCAGGCCAAUCUGUUGACGGUUGAGAGUAACGUUGACCAUUACAUUUGUAACGUUAGUUUAAAGUUGCCACAGGUGGAUGUUUCUGAUGCUACCUUAAUUACCCCAGUUUGA